AUGUCUCUCUCGCCGUCUCCUCAACCUCCGUCCUCAAAAGAUAUCGAUCGGCAGAAGACCACGCCCUUCCUCCUCAAUUUCUGCUACCGCUCGAAUGCUUUUCACAACUUGGUGGAUUUCCCACUUCCUACCCCAUCGAAUCCACGCCCACCACUUCCACAGCAUUUGCAGAUCUACACCUGGUACUCUUGUACUCUCAAAGAACUUGCGCACUUGCUGACCACAGCUCUGCCAUCCAUCGUGCCAGAUCCAGCAAUAGGCACGCGACUAUCCUUCCGGCUGAUCUAUCCAGAUACUAGUCCUGCCACGCGUGGUGGCAGGCUAGGAGGUGAAGAAGGCCGAGGCAGAUAUACAAGUAAGGAAAUGGGCAGCGUCGUCAUAUCUGCGCCUGAUGUAGCCAAUGGCAAUGGUGAUUCAUACGGCAAGGACUACGAGCUUGGAGGUGAAGACAGCGAGAAGACCCUUGCAGACUCGAAGUUCGUGAUUGGCGACUAUAUCGAUUGUGCUGUCUUUCCGCCACUCUCGGAUGGAAGUGUGGUACCCAGAAGCAACGCUUUAGGCAGAGGUGGAUAUGCCAACGGAAGGGGAAGAGGAGCCGGUGGUUUUGGUGUGGGACGAGGACCGAGCAUCCCGACUGGGGAGUGGCGCAGAGGCGAGAGAAUACCCGAGUCGAGUGGUGGUCACAGAGGAGGCGGAUAUGGAAGAGGUGGAAGGAGAAUGCCUUACUAA